AUGCCAGGUCGCUAUGCCAGUCUGCUCAUUGUCAUCACCAUCUCCCUUAGUCCCACACUUUCUGCCCCCAUGUACUUCUUUCUCACUUACUUGGCCUUCAUACAUGCCUCUUACACAUCUGUCAUUACCCCCAAAAUGGUCAUUGACCUGCUGUACCAGAGGAGAACCGUCUCCUGGGGUGGCUGUUUGACUCAGAUGUUUUUGGAGCACUUCCUAGGAGGAUCAGAGAUCAUACUCCUUACUGUCAUGGCCUAUGACCGCUACGUGGCCAUCUGCAAACCUCUGCACUACACGACCAUCAUACGACAGGGGCUCUGCCAGCUCCUGGUGGUGGUGGCCUGGACUGGGGGGAUCCUGCAUGCCACUGUGCAGAUUCUCCUCACAGUCGACUUGACCUUCUGUGGUUCCAAGGUCAUCGACCACUUCAUGUGUGAUUUCUUCUCUGUGUUGCAACUUGCCCGCAGCGACACCUACUGGUUGGGAAUGGUGGUGGCAGCUCACUCAGUGGGGAUGCUCUCACUGAUUUUUUUUUUUUUCCUGCUUCUCAGCUCCUACACAGUCAUCCUGAGCUCCCUGAAAUCCCAUGGCUCUGAAGGACAGAACAAGUCACUGUCUACGUGUAGCGCCCACUUUACAGUAGUGGUCCCUUGUAUAUUCGGCUACACACGUCCUGUGGCCACUUACCCUGGGGACAAGUUGGUGGCUGUGUUUUUUGCAAUCCUCGCUCCCAUUUUAAAUCCUAUCAUUUACACAGUGAGAAACACAUUAAGUGAAAGAUGCCAUGAACGGUUUGUUGACGCUGGAGCGGAGAAUUUUCUUGAAUAUAAAGGAAAUGUUUUAUUUUGCUAUAUCAAGACUUGA